UGUUUGUUAUUGCUUUUGUUUUCAGUUUCCUCCCUCAUCACAUUGUAUUUUAUUUCUGUCGUUCAGAAAUGGGCCUUCAGACUACAAAGUGGCCCAGCCACAGGGCUAUUUUCCUAAAAAUUUGGCUCAUCAUCUCCCUGGGGCUCUACUCACAAGUAUCAAAACUCCUGGCCUGCCCUAGUGUAUGCCGCUGUGACAGGAACUUUGUCUACUGUAAUGAGAGAAGCUUGACCUCAGUGCCUCUUGGGAUCCCGGAGGGCGUAACCGUACUCUACCUCCACAACAACCAAAUUAAUAAUGCUGGAUUUCCUGCAGAGCUGCACAAUGUACAGUCAGUGCACACGGUCUACCUUUAUGGCAACCAACUGGAUGAAUUCCCCAUGAACCUUCCCAAGAAUGUCAGAGUCCUCCAUCUGCAGGAAAACAACAUUCAGACCAUCUCACGGGCAGCUCUUGCUCAGCUCCUGAAGCUCGAAGAACUGCAUUUAGAUGACAACUCCAUAUCCACAGUGGGAGUAGAGGACGGAGCUUUCCGAGAGGCAAUUAGCCUCAAACUAUUGUUUUUAUCAAAGAAUCACUUGAGCAGCGUGCCUGUUGGGCUCCCUGUCGACCUGCAAGAGCUGAGAGUGGAUGAAAACCGAAUUGCAGUCAUAUCAGACAUGGCUUUUCAGAACCUCACAAGCUUGGAGCGUCUGAUUGUGGAUGGGAAUCUCCUGACCAACAAGGGCAUUGCUGAGGGCACCUUCAGCCAUCUCACCAAGCUCAAGGAAUUUUCCAUAGUCCGUAACUCGCUCUCUCACCCACCUCCUGACCUCCCAGGUACGCAUCUUGUCAGGCUCUACUUGCAGGAUAACCAGAUAAACCAUAUCCCAUUGACAGCCUUCUCAAACCUCCGUAAGCUGGAAAGGCUAGAUAUAUCCAACAACCAACUUCGAAUGUUAACUCAAGGGGUCUUCGAUAAUCUCUCCAACCUCAAGCAACUCACCGCUCGGAAUAACCCUUGGUUUUGUGACUGCAGUAUUAAAUGGGUCACAGAGUGGCUCAAAUACAUCCCUUCUUCUCUCAACGUGCGUGGUUUCAUGUGCCAAGGUCCUGAGCAAGUCCGAGGGAUGGCUGUCAGGGAGCUGAAUAUGAAUCUUUUGUCUUGUCCCACCACGACUCCUGGCCUACCCGUCUUUACCCCAGCUCCAAGUACAGUUUCUCCAACAACUCAUUCUCCUACUCUCUCUGUUCCAAGCCCCAGCAGAGGCUCUGUACCUCCAGCUUCUAUCCCAUCAAAACUUCCCACCAUCCCUGACUGGGAUGGCAGAGAAAAAGUGACCCCACCUAUUUCUGAAAGGAUCCAACUUUCCAUCCACUUUGUUAACGAUACUUCGAUUCAAGUCAGCUGGCUGUCUCUCUUUACUGUGAUGGCAUACAAACUGACAUGGGUGAAAAUGGGCCACAGUCUCGUAGGGGGCAUUGUUCAGGAACGAAUUGUCAGUGGUGAGAAGCAACACUUGAGUUUGGUUAAUUUAGAGCCCAGAUCCACCUAUCGAAUUUGUUUGGUGCCACUGGAUGCUUUCAACUACCGCACGGUGGAAGAUACCAUCUGUUCUGAGGCCACUACCCAUGCCUCUUAUUUGAACAAUGGCAGCAACACUGCUUCUAGCCAUGAGCAGACAACAUCCCACAGCAUGGGCUCCCCUUUUCUGCUAGCGGGCUUGAUUGGCGGUGCAGUGAUUUUUGUGCUCGUGGUCUUGCUCAGUGUCUUUUGCUGGCACAUGCACAAAAAGGGACGCUACACCUCUCAGAAGUGGAAAUACAACCGGGGCCGACGGAAAGAUGACUAUUGUGAGGCAGGUACCAAAAAAGACAACUCCAUCCUGGAGAUGACAGAAACCAGUUUUCAGAUUGUCUCCUUAAAUAACGAUCAGCUCCUUAAAGGAGAUUUCAGACUGCAACCCAUUUAUACCCCAAAUGGGGGCAUUAACUACACAGACUGCCACAUCCCCAACAACAUGCGAUACUGCAACAGCAGUGUGCCAGAUCUGGAGCAUUGCCAUACGUGAAACAGCCUAGAGGUCCAGCGCUAGAAAGGCGGACAACCAAACUCUCAAGAACACACAUGUGUGUGCACACAAAGACACGCAAAUUACAUUUGAUAAAUGUUACCCAGAUGCAUUUGUGCAUUUGAAUACUCUGUAAUUUAUACGGUGUACUAUAUAAUGGGAUUUAAAAAAAAAAAGUGCUAUCUUUUCUAUUUCCAGUUAAUUACAAACAGUUUUGUAACUCUUUGCUUUUUAAAAUUAAAAAAAAAAAAUGUUGCUGAAGUACUGUACGGGGUUGUACAAAGAGAACCCAAUGCCAAGGCAGAAGAAUGAGUGAUUCAUCCUUCAGAUGCAUACUAACCACUUUGCUGUUGAGGCUGUCAGAAGAAAUUCCUUUUCUAGGGCUGAUAGUCAAAUGAAAGGAUAGUUUCAGAUGGGCUCAUCAGGGUAGGAGGAAUAGUUUGAGUCAAGAAAGAAUGGCCUAGUUAUGUCUAUGUUUUCUAUACCUCCUGGCCUGGAAGAAACACUUUCUGAAAAAUCUGUAAUAUGAUAAUAGAGGUAGCGCAAGGAAUAGAACAUCACGAAGAAGCCAGCUCCCAUAAGAUAAGUUAGGCCUCCCUGACCGAAUCAAGGAAACCGAAAGAUUUGAAAUGUCCUGAAAGCCCCAGGGUUGGCUUCUUCCUGUGAACUUCAAAAUCAUUCUUCAUGCUUCCCUGGCCUUAUGUGAUAACAGAGUUGGAAACCUGAGUCUGAUUCUAGUCAUCUUCAGGGACCAAUAUAAUCAGUUCUAGCAAGAAAAUUCCCCUCAAAACUGUCACUAUUCAAAUCACAUGUCAGGUUGAAUCGUAUCCAACAGAGUUAUAUUCUAGACUAAUUUUUUAGAAGAGGCUAAUAAAAAUAAUGGGAAGAAUUAUAUUGAAUGGAAUUAUUUUUGAUAAUGAAAAUUAUUUGGGUAUAUUCACUGAGGCUAUAUCAACAUGAUAUUUAGACCAACAAAGGAGCAGUGUUUAGAAUCUAUUACAGUAAUGUGUUUAUUUAAAAAGUACUAAUGACAUUUAGAAAAAAAAAUCAGUGGUUCUCUUACACUGUGUCAGCUGACUUUGUAUCAUGUUGAAACAGCUGAG